AGUAUUUCCAAGUCAUAUGGCCCAAGAUUGUGGAGGUGGAAGAGUAGUUUGGCCAAUGAAAGAGCAUUGCAGUACAAGACCGGGGAUUGCAUUCAUGGAUUCACAGUCAACCAGGUGACAGCUGUGCCUGAGUUAUUCUUAACUGCAGUUAACCUCAGCCAUGAUAAGACGGGGGCCAAGUAUUUGCACGUGGCACGAGAGGAUUCCAAUAAUCUAUUCAGUGUUCAAUUCCGUACCACCCCUAUGGAUAGUACUGGGGUCCCUCAUAUUCUUGAACACACUGUACUUUGUGGGUCACAAAAAUACCCCGUCCGAGACCCCUUCUUUAAGAUGCUAAACAGAUCGCUCUCUACUUUCAUGAAUGCAUUUACAGCUAGUGACUACACACUCUACCCGUUUUCCACCCAAAAUCAUAAGGAUUUUCAGAAUCUUCUGUCUGUGUACUUGGAUGCUGCGUUUUUUCCUUGUUUGAGACAUCUAGAUUUCUGGCAGGAAGGCUGGAGGUUAGAACAUGAGAACCCAAAAGACCCACAAACACCAUUAACCUUCAAAGGAGUUGUUUUUAAUGAAAUGAAGGGUGCAUUUACAGACAAUGAGAGAGUAUUCUCUCAGCACCUUCAGAACAAACUCCUCCCUGACCACACAUACGCAGUUGUGUCUGGUGGCUAUCCGCUAAAUAUUCCUGAUCUUUCCUGGAAACAGCUGAAGGAGUUUCAUGCCACACACUACCAUCCCAGCAAUGCAAGGUUUUUCACAUAUGGUAACUUUCCAUUGGAGCAUCACUUGAAACAAAUCCACGAGGAAGCCCUGAGUAAAUUCCAGAAAAUUGAAUCAAAUACUGCUGUCCCGCCACAGCAACCCUGGGAGAAGCCUAGAGAACACCAUGUGAUAUGUGGCAUGGACUCAUUUGCUACAGAUUCCAAGAAGCAGACAAUGGUCAGCGUCAGCUACCUCCUGUCAGACAUUACCGAUACUUUUGAAACAUUUACGCUAAACUUGCUGUCCUCUCUCUUGGUUGGUGGCCCCAAUUCUCCCUUUUAUAAAGCUUUAAUCGAGGCUGGACUGGGAACAGAUUUCUCACCUGAUGUUGGGUUUAAUGGCUCAACACGAGAAGCUUAUUUCAGCGUUGGCCUUCAAGGGGUUUCUGAGGAAGACAUUGACACCGUGAAGGAAAUUAUUGCCAGAACUGUUGAUGAAGUUAUUGAGGAUGGUUUUGAGGAUGAAAGAAUUGAAGCCCUGCUACACAAAAUUGAAAUCCAGAUGAAGCACCAGUCAACUAGCUUUGGGCUUGCCUUAACUUCAUAUAUUGCUUCCUGCUGGAACCACGAAGGAGAUCCCGUGGACCUUUUGAAGAUUGCUGAGAAAGUGUCUCAGUUCAGGCAGCACUUCAAGGAGGAUCCAAAGUUCCUUCAGAAGAAAGUAAAACAGUACUUCAAGGAUAACCCCCAUAGAUUGACAUUAUCAAUGAGUCCAGACAUGUCUUUCUAUGAGAAACAAAGAGCGAUGGAAGAAGCAAAGCUGAAAGAGAAGGUUGAAGCUCUCUCUGAGGCAGAAAAGAAACAAACCUAUGAAAAAGGAUUGGAGCUGCUGGAGCUUCAGAGCCAACAGGAAGACACAUCUUGCCUCCCAGCUUUGAAAGUUUCAGACAUUGAGCCUAGGAUUCCAUUUACUGAACUGGAGGUGGCUCGUACAGAUGAUGUCCCUGUCCAGUACUGUGCUCAGCCCACAAAUGGCAUGGUGUAUUUCAGAGCGGUUUCCAGCCUAAACACCCUCCCAGAGGAGCUCCGGCCUUACGUUCCACUUUUUUGCAAUGUCAUCACCAAGAUGGGAUGUGGAGCUCUGAGCUACAGAGAACAGGCUCAAGAAAUAGAUCUGAAGACUGGUGGCCUUUCCGUUGGCCCUCAUAUCACUGCAGAUGACUCCAGUUUGGACAUAUAUGAACAGGGUUUGCUCUUCUCUUCUCUGUGCCUGGACAGAAAUCUGCCUGACAUGAUGCACCUUUGGAGUGAAAUAUUCAACCAUCCCCAUUUUGAAGAUGAAGAACAUUUCAAAGUUUUGGUGAAAAUGACAGCUCAGGAGCUGUCAAAUGGAAUUCCUGAUUCUGGACACAUCUACGCUUCCAUUAGAGCAAGCCGGACCCUGACUCCUGCAGGAGAAUUGAAUGAAAUGUUCAGUGGCAUGGAGCAGGUGAAACUGAUGAAGCGAAUUGCAGAAAUGUCUGAUAUCAAGCCUGUGCUCCGUAAAUUGCCACGCAUCAAGAAGUACCUCUUAAAUAGUGAUAACAUGCGAUGUUCAGUGAAUGCCACUCCUCAGCAGAUGCCCAAUGCGGCAAAAGCAAUAGAAAAAUUCAUAAAAGGCAUUGUCAGGAGUAAAAAGGAAAGGAAGCCUAUCCGUCCACAUGUAAUUGAGAAACCUUCAGAUCCCAAAGCUACUGGCAGUGAAGUCCUUGGUUCCACCCAGAUUACAAGGAAGCUAAUUACGGAUCCCACCUUCCAGCCUUGUCAGAUGAAGACUCAUUUCCUGCUUCCCUUUCCCGUAAAUUAUGUUGGUGCCUGUGUACGAACGGUUCCCUUCACAUCCCCAGACUAUGCAAGCCUUCGAAUUCUUGCCCGUUUAAUGACAGCCAAGUUUCUACAUACAGAAAUCAGAGAGAAAGGAGGUGCCUAUGGUGGUGGUGCACAGCUUGCCCAUAAUGGCAUAUUCAGUUUCUACUCCUAUAGGGAUCCAAACUCAAUGCAUACUCUGAGUACAUUUGAGAAAGCUGCUGAAUGGGCCAAAAUGGGCAAAUUCUCCCAGCAGGACAUUGAUGAAGCCAAACUCGCUGUGUUUGCAGCUGUGGAUGCCCCCGUGGCACCGUCUGACAAAGGGAUGAAUAACUUCUUGCAUGGAAUCUCUGAUGAGAUGAAGCAGCGGCACAGGGAACAUCUUUUUGCAGUCAACAAGGACAACCUGAUAGAUGCAGCCAAUAAGUACCUUGUAGCUGGGAAGAGCACAAGAGGACUGGCUAUGCUUGGGCCAGAAAACCCCAGUACUGCCAAAGACCCUUCAUGGAUCAUACGAUGAUGUUUGCUGUUGUCUUGGCGUCGAGGAUAUCAAACCAAUUCACGUGACAAGUACCAAAUGACUUUGAAACCCCAUCUCCCUUUUGAAAGUGCGAUUUAGGACAAGAAGCCAUUUCCACUCCAUUGUUUUAAAGAGCUUGGAAUUGCUUUUUACCGAAGAAAGAUUUUUGAAAUGACACCCAUCUUUCUUUAAUCUUGCAAGCUUCAGGUCUUGAUUAUGAUUGUAACUGCAUCCUGUCAGAGCCAUGGUUUGUUCUGACCAACUGAUUAUGUUUUAGCUACAUCGUACGUUGGAAAAGCACAGAAUGACACUGUACAGUGGUUGAUCGUCAAUCAUGUCCAACUGAAAGAAUAUCACGUUUUUAACUAACUCUUCUGGGGACUGACAUUCUUCUGUACUCACCCUUAAAUACUCUUUGUCUCAACUUCGUGCCAUUAAAUAUUUCAACCCUU